AAAAAUCAAAAUAGCCUAACACUAAGCGGUUUCAUCUCGUCCUCACAAAAAUCUGUUCACUGGGGCAUUCAGAGUAGAACUGUUCUUUCUCAUGUUCAGCUAAUAGAUUUCUGGUUGAACCUUUGUUAUCUUUUGGAGGAGACGGAAGGAGCUCUCCACGGAGCGUCUGAUUAUUUUGCUGAGUGUGCGGAGACUGCACUUCCUCCCAGUGCAAAGCGCAGGAGAAAUGCUCUGAGAGAAAUUGUGAAAAGAACUGAAGCAAAAAGCAGCGUUGUGAGCAAAUCAUGGAGCAGCAGGGACAUUGUGGGAACAUCUAGCGACCCAGUGAUUGCGGAGAUAGCGAGGAGGAGGGGUGACAGCCGGGCUUCAGCCAGUCCCCCAUCAGAGUCCACAGGACAAGCAAAAGAUUACAUAAAGGCAGCUGAGAGCCACUGGGGGCUUCCUGUUCAAAAGCUGGAAAAUGUUCAUCAGACCCAGCCAGAAGACACUAGCAGCCAGCAAAAACCUCAUCUUGGGGAGUGGUUAGAGACAGGGCUUCUAAGCAGGAGCCUUGUCUGUAGCUGUGAGUCAGCAUCACCAGGUCCAAAACAAAGUCCACAAGGGGCCAGAACACAACAGAAACGCAGGAACCACGGCUCUGCGGAAGACGUCGACCACCACAAGAGAGUUUCUCUUGGAAGUGAUCGAUUAGUCCCAAGAGAAAUAAUAGUGGAAAAAAGCAAAACUGUCAGGGUUUUGCCAGCCUCAGAGCUGUCAGAUCCGGGGUUACUUUUGAAACAAGGUUUGGCAAAAACGGCAUCUAAUGAAGAGUUGCAUGUUUUGGAAAAUCUCUCCUCCGGACAUCUUACAAAAAAUAAGCCAGGGCAGGCACGGCAAACCGGCUCAGCCACAAACACUGAAAGAUUAUCUGCAAUCCGGGGCAGCCCAACCAAGAAAAGAAAGAAAGCCAUUCACCUUGUCAAGGAUGACCCCAUUCUUGAAGGAACUACAUGAAGAAACCAGUCAUGCUCCUUCAUGACUCAUCACUGUGCAGACCAUACAGUGGGCCACGUGAAGACAGUGCUGUAUCUAGGGGUACAGUUUCUCCUCCUGAGGAACAGGAGUCGGGCAGAAGUGAAGGAACAGGCAAGUGGUCCUCAACAUCUGGUUCUAGGCCCAGCAUCACUGUCUGAAAAUGUGUUAGAAAUGUAGACCUUGGGCCCCACCCCAGACUUACUGAAUGAGAAGCUCCGGGCAAUUCUGAAACAUGCUCAAGUUUGAGAACCACCGGACUAAUUGGAGACUCCCUAGUGUUUGUGUCCUCCAGCCUGGCUCCCAUGGCCUCCAUCUCAUCAGUCUGAGGUCCACAUGUGGACAGGCACCCCCUUAUGCCCCCUCAAACUUGUAAAACACCUGGGUUCGGCGUCUGAGCUGCUCAGUCCCCGGCUUCUCUACAGCACGGUGGCCACAGCACCCACAAAACUGUUACUUACCCUAAGAAGUGCUAGAAGUUUAUGGGUAAUUUGGCCCCGCAUUAGAGGAAGACAGUAGAGGGAGAGGCUUGCUCUCCCUUCUAGCCCAGGCGUGUCCCUGUCCCUGCCCUUGCCCCCACCUCUAAGAUUUUGGUUAGGUUCAGGAAGGAUUAGAACCCAAGGGGAACUCAGUGGCCAGAGUUUCCAGUUUCCCAGUUGGAAGGCGUCACAGGCAGUUUAAAUUUCAAAACAGGAGCCUUCCAUUUGCAGUAUCACCCACUAAUGUCUCCAGUGGGCUUGCUGAAAUGUCACAGAGUGAAUCAUUGCAAUGACUUAUUUUGGAUGGACACCUACUAAAGAUUUUCUUAACCCAAUUUCAUUCUAAAAUAGAGGAAAAACCAUAUUCAAAGGCCACCCAUCAAAUACAUCUUGUUUUCUGCUCAACAUUGUGUGGUCCUUUGAAGGAGCACCUCCCUAGUAACAAGGAAAGUCAAGUAUAUCCCCAGAGUGUCGGAGUUAGCAGAAAAAUAACCCAGAAGAAGCCCAACGAAAUAAAAGAAUAUGGAAAGAGACACAGUGUAGGUGGUUCAGAAUUUUUUAAAACUAAUUGUGGUUUGGUUUCUCCUAGCUCAUUCUAUACUUGCCUGUGACUCCUUUCCCACUUGUAGGAUAAGACUCCUUAAGAGGCAACCAUACUUCCUGACACCAUUUUGGGUCGUGAAGUUCCGUGUUGAUCACUACGCCUGGCUAUGAACAUAGAUGCUAUUCCUUUGAUGUUCCCCACGCUGCCUGGACACCUGUCCCCUUCUCAUGCUCCCAGCCUCACCACCCCCACCAGGAGCAUGGCCCUGCCCACCGGUGUCCUUUCCCCUUCCCACAGGGUUUUCCCUGCUCUUAGCUGAUUCCAGUCAAAGCAUUCUAUAGGAGAAGAGGGAGCCAGACAGAAUCCUAACCACAGUGGAGUGGAUUGUAUUCAUCCAGUCGGGGUAGACUGCACAGAAUGGAAAUGCCCCACUGUGGGCCCCCUCUCUUAGAGUCACAACUGUUCUAGGUGUGCUGUUCACUGCAGACAGGGGCAGAGUGUGUCACUGAACCUUCUUCAACAGAAUUCUUGGGACAGUUUAAACAGAGAGGGCCCAAAAUAAUAACCCGGGUGAUCAGCCAAGAAACAUUAAGCUCUCUGGAACGGAGUCUAGGAUAAAAAAGACAACCAUUUUAGAACAAUAGCUGCUGCUAACCCAGAACUAGAAUGUUUGAAAUGGAGGCACCAGAGAAAAGCUUUUAAUUGAAAAGUUUUUAUUUCAUUGGUUAAACGGGGCCUGCACAGUGGGUAAAGCCAAUCCUUGUGAUUUAAUGAUUUUCUCUCAAGAACAGCCUUGGCUUUAGAGUUUGGUAUAUUUGUGGAAAUAACAAUUACUGUGACCUCAAAGGGAAAAUAGCACCUUUGGUUGUAGAUUGAUAGGGUCUUUCUCACAGCCCGCAUGUACAUGGGAUUGUGACAGGAUUAACGGAGGGAACAACUCUCCGCUUCUGCACUGUGGCAUGUGUUUGAGGAAUUUUGCCUUUAAGCAUUUUCUUCCACAUGUCUGAAACGCCCCCGGAUCUCUUAUUACUUGAGUGGUUGUGUGAUUCUUUGGAUGUUUCAAAGUACAAAGGGGAAAAUGGCUGCCAGGUUUUAUUGUUGCUUAUUAGCUGGGAAAUGCAGUUCUCCACGACUGGGAGUGGUAUGUGUGUUGACAUUCUUAAUAAUCUUAUUAAUUCCGCAUCUGAAAAUCUGAGAGCCUGUCAAUAUUCUUAGUCAAAAAGAACAAGUUCUUCAACCACUUAACUUAAUAACCCAAACUCAAUUUAUAGUCAAGUCCCUGUAAUUCUGAUGCUUGGGAGAAAUGUGGAUCCAAUUCUGUUAAUGUUACAACUUUGAACUCCCUAACUUUCUCAGUGUCAUGGCUUCUAAGUCACAUUCAUGUGCUUUCAGAUGACUUUUUAAUAGAUUGAUGUUGAGUUUUGUGUUUUUGUUGUUGUUGUUUAAUGUUUGUAAACAAGAAAUGUCUGAGAACACUCAGAUUUUUCUUACACUUUUUUUCUUUGCCACUGGAGGUUAACUGUUGUCCAGAUAUGCAUAUAAACUGUUAAAUGCAAAGGAGCAACCAUUUGGGGAGAGAGGAGUGAGUGCUAUAGCUUUUUUGUUUAUUUAUGUUAAGUAAGAAAAAGUAUUUCAUUUUAUAAAAAGCCAAAGUCAUUAAAAACUCUGUAGUUUGACUUAUGGAGAAUAUAGCUUGUUUCUUAUCUCAGGAUUACAGUGGGAUGACAGUUAAUUGUUUGCUUCUGGUGUCAUGUUUGGAUUUUAGCAUGAAUGGUUGUGCAUCGCAUGGCCUUUGAUUUUAGCGAGAGCUUGGUGAGGGCAAAGCACGUAAGGGAAGGAAACCUCUGUGCCCAAGAGAAUGGCCUGGGAUCGCAGUGCUCCCAUUCCCAGUUUCCUUGAAUUCCUUUUUGGCAGGCCCCACUGUCCUAUUUCCACAGAAUUUUAGUGAGUGGCCUUCCUUUUGAGGUAACAAAUGCCUUUCCUCAGUAAGAGCCAGAAAUCCUCUCUUCAGCGUUCCAUGACUUGAAUAUGGAAAUCAUUUUAAUUUCUUCUUUUCUCUUAUGAGGAAAUUUCCAUGCUUGUUCUGUUCUGUUAAGACGAUAGAGUUCAUUCCUUGUUAUUGAAACACUAAUGAAUUGAAACACGGUGGAGCAAGUAAAAAAUCAAAAUUAAGCUGAUUUCUGUUAAGUAGUUUAAAACCUUCCUUAAGUAAAUUAAGAAUUAUAAAAUGAAGUUAAUGCAGAUAAUUACUCGGGACAGAAGUCUAACUAUAUAGAUCAUUGGUGUUACAUUUAAUGAUAUAAUUAAAUUCUCAGAAAUCUGCAGAACUUCUAGUUUGGUUUCUGUAUUUAUUUACAAGACAAGGAACGAUUAUAUGUCAAUGUGUGCACUUAACAGAGGGGACUUGAAUGGAUGAAAUUAUUACCUUUAAUUGUGGAGAACUACUCAAUACUGAACUUUAAUCACGUUCAAGUAAGUUUUAUUAUGCAGCAUAAUAUUACCAUGUAUUACUUUAUAAUUGCUGUUAGAAUUACUUAUCAAAAAUCUUGAUUCUUUAAUUAAAUAGGAAUCAUUAAAACCAUACAUAUGACCCCAAAGCAUCUGAUCAGGUGACCGUAGAUGUGGAUUUGACAGAACCCCAGAAUAAAUUUUAUUAGUUAAGUUAGAAAGCCAGACGCUGCAGUCAUCACCAGGAGAGUUCUUCUUUCCCAUCGCCUUUACCCUGUUGUUUGUUAUGUUUAAACUACUUAAAUAGUUUAAAUAGUUGAAUGUGUCGGAAAGCACAUGGGUCAAAGUAGUAUGUAGAGGAAACGAACCUGCUUUAUAAAUAAAAAGUAAAAUUGUUUAAAAAAAUUAAAUUAGUGUGUAUCACUUUUCUCCAAAGCAAGUGAGUUAGCCCCAAGGAAUAUACAUCCAAAAUGCCCUUUUCUGAACGUGCGAUUUAAAAUUGUAUUCUAUGAGAGACUUCUUCCUCCUUGAAGCAACCCUGAGGUUUUGAACACUAUGUUAAAAUAAUCCCAAGGAGCUCUGCUUCUGAGCAUUUAGGUCUGGAAAACCCUGUGUGGGGUGUUGUGAUUAAAUUGGCCCAUAAGAUCCUGGGGUGGUCUUUACAAUGCAGAAAUGUUUCCACUUCUCCCAGUUGUGAGCUAAGAGAGAUCCCUCUUGUGAGAGGUUAAAGUAUGCAACCUUGACUCCUUUCCAGAAAAAUCUUGCCAUUUCCCAAGUGGAUUCAUUUCCAUUUUCUAAGUGGAUCUAGUCCUUGUUCAUCACUGAAUAAAGUCCUGGGCCAACUCUUUGUCUAUACUGCCUUUUAUGACAGGAUCCCAGGCCCCUCUGAUUACUUGUAUAUGUAUCUCCCCCUCGGUUCUGUACAUAAUUUUUCAGAGGCAUUUCAAUACGAGGUUGGAAUAAUACAUUUGAAAAGCUGUUCACGAAAUGCCGAGAACCACUGCAAUCGUUGCGGCCACGCGCCUUUCUUUGUGGUUUGCUCCGGCCCGUCUGCUGGCUGGCCUGGCCCAAGGGAAGGCUGGCCUGCCCAGGGCCUGGGGUCUGGGCGAGACCCAGAGGCUGGAGAUGGCAUUGUGCUCCAGGCAACAAACCCCGGGUUCAGGCUGCGCUUUGGUUUGUGUGUUGUGGGACAAGUCACUUAACCUCCCGGGCCUCAGUUUCUUCCUUUGUCAAAUAAAAGUCUCUCUCCUAUUUUAAGUGCCAUGCUGAAGGUAAACAUACCACUCCCACGUGUUCAUUUCUGUAUCCAUUUAAAAAACAGGUUGUUCGUGCUGGCCACACUUUAGAAUUACCUGAGUAGCUUCUAGUUAAAUCAGAAUCCUUGAAAUUUGGCCUGCGUAUCAGCAGUUUUAAAAGCUCCACAAAUACUUAUUCUAAUGAGAAGCCGUAGUUAAAAAUUGUUUUAAAAUAGAGGGUGUGUGUGUGUGUGUUUAGAUAGUGGAUAUUAAAAGAGGCAGGGUAUGCUCAGAGCUGAGUGUCCUUUAUAAGAGGGGCGUGCAAGUCAAGAGUGUGCCUACUUUCGAAUGAAUGAGAAACGCUUUGGUGACAAGGUGUCAAUAGGCAUACGUUUUAAUCACACCAAGAGAUGUGUUUUGUUCUC